GGGGGACCAAAAGUGAAAAACGUACAAACUUGGGGGACCAAAACUGUAAUUAUCCCCUUUUUUUUGGAGAGAAAACAAGUAUCAUCAGGUCCACCACUAUCAAUUGGGUUACAAGAUUCUUGUGAGUAUGCUUCUUCUUCAUGUUAUUAAACGGAGAAAAUAAAACUUUACUCUGCCAAUUUGAAAAAAUGUCUUCCUUUAUUUUGUUGCUUUUGUUCUUUCCACUUGUUGUACCGGUAACGAAAAGCGAUGACGGUUGUACGCCAAUCAGAUGCAGUAAACAUAGCCCGAUAAUUCGGUUUCCUUUCAGACAUCAAACUCAGCAACCUCAGCGCUGCGGCUACCCGGGUUUCGAUCUAAACUGCGACCACAAAAAAGAUACCGUUCUUGUGCUUCCGUUCUCCGUAAAUGUUGUCGUGAAGGAAAUCAACUAUACAUCUCAAACAAUUCUUGUUCAUGACCCGGAAAAUUGCCUUCCACAAAAGCUACCCCAUCUAAACUUAUCUACCUCAUCCUUCAACUUCCUUCUUGAUGACUACUUAAUAUCGGACUCAGCCAUUUUUAAAUGUUCCGAUGCGGACAAAUCUUUGUAUCGCUUCAUUCCUUGCCUUGUUGAUCCCAUUAACAAAUACUAUUUUGUUGAUAACCAUAACACGCGUUUAUAUCCAUUGAAUUCUUGUACAAAGAUUCAUGAUAUUUCAGCUGUUCCGUGGAGUAUAUCCGAUAAAAACGGCUUCCGUUUGGAGUGGUCCGAGCCGACAUGUGGCCACUGUGAAGCUCAAGGCAAACGAUGCAGCUUAUAUAACUCAACGAGACUUGAUAGUAUUCAUUGUAUCGACAAACAACCAACCACAAAUCAUCAUGAAGCACUGAAGAAGCGACUGAUUGCAGGUUUUGGUUGCUUUCUUGCCGUGAUAAUCCUCGUCGCUUUCGUCCAUCAAUAUAUCAGAUUUAGAAUUGGCAGAGAGAAUCAAAUCAAGAUUGAAAAGUUUUUGCAUGAUUACAGAGCCCUUAAGCCAAGUAGAUUCUCUUAUUCAGAUAUUACAAGGAUCACUCAUCAAUUUCACUAUAAAUUAGGUGAAGGGGGUUAUGGAGUUGUUUACAAAGGAAAGUUGAACAAUGAAAUAGAUGUUGCAGUAAAAGUACUAAACAAUUCCAAAGGAAACGGAGAGGAGUUUGUGAAUGAAGUAAGCACGAUUGGUAGAAUACACCACGUCAAUGUUGUCCGCCUUGUUGGCUUUUGUGCCGAUGGAUUUCAAAGAGCUCUUGUUUAUGAAUUUCUACCUAAUGAUUCACUCGAAAAAAUCAUUUUUCAAGCAGGUUCUAAGAAAAUAUCUCUUGAUUGGGAAAAGCUAAAGGAUAUUGCGCUAGGCAUAGCCAGAGGCAUAGAAUAUCUUCACGAGGGAUGUGAUCAACAAAUACUCCAUUUCGACAUAAAGCCGCAAAACAUAUUGUUAGACCACAACUUCAACCCGAAGAUCUGCGAUUUUGGUCUUGCGAAAUUGUGCUCAAAGGAACAAAGUGCAGUGACAAUGACUGCGGCUAGAGGAACAAUGGGCUAUAUUGCACCUGAAGUACUGUCCAGGACUUUCGGGAGAGUUUCGUAUAAGUCCGAUGUUUAUAGCUUCGGAAUGUUGUUGCUUGAAAUGGUGGGAGGGAGGAAAAACGAGGAUCGUAAUGUAAAUAAUACUAGUCCGGUAUAUUUUCCGCAGUGGAUUUACAAUCAUAUUAAUGCGGAGGAUAAUCCCACGUGGGCACAAAUUGAUGAAGAAGGAAAUAGUAUAGCAAGGAAACUUAGUAUGGUAGGGUUGUGGUGUAUACAGUGGUGUCCGACAGAUCGUCCGUCAAUGAAAGCUGUGGUUCAAAUGUUGGAAGGAGACAAUGGCGAUCUCACAAUGCCUCCAAAUCCAUUUCCAGCUACUACGAAUUCCGUUGGUGCCGGGCAUUAUCAAACUGAGAUGGCUAUCAUAUUAGAAGAGUAAAUGAUAUAUAUAUAUAUAUUUCUCUUUUAUCUUCCAUUGUAGAAUUUGGGUCUGUUGAUAUUGUAUCCUUUUUUGUACCUUUUUCUAGUUGGAAAAAAAAUUACUGUGCUGUGAAAUGGGACCUCCUGAAGACCUUGUAUGACGUAACAAGGAAAGAGUACUUGUAGUUAUUUACAAAAUGGACUCACAUGGAUUACAUGUACAUUCACUACUCAACAUUUGUAUAAUAAUCUUAGCUAAUUACUUUUUAAGUAUGUAACUCAUAAUUUGGCGGAUCUACAAUGCAAGUCUUUGUGAUUUUGGAUUGACAAAAGAUGAGGUAACUGGAGAUAAAGUCAUAUUUCGACAGAGUCAAGGGAACCUAUUUC